AUGUCUAAUAAGGAGCGCCUUGAGAACAAUACAGAAUCAAGUGGUGGUAAUACAAACAAUCUCCUUUAUAAAAAAAUAGCAUGUUUUACUAAAAAAGCACACGAAUUGUCAACUUUGUGUGAUGCACAACUUGGGAUAGUUAUUUUCUCUCCAAGCGAAGAAAUUUUAUGGCCAACGGAAAAUCAAGCUAAGGAAAGAUUCGAAAAUUAUUUAAGUUUUGAUUGGGACACAAGGAAGCUUAAUCUUGAAACACAAGAAAACAGUCUUGACAAAAAGAUGAAGGCUCAAGAGAAAAACAUUAUAAAAAUGGAACAGGAGAAUGAGGAGAAAAAAAUGGAGUUGUUGUUUAAUGAAGUUAUUAAUGGAAAGAGCUAUUUGGAACUCGAUGCUAGAGAACUUAAAGGUAUGAUAAAGCUAAUUGCUCUUAACAAGACUAAAGUUGAUGAAUGUAAAAAACAAUUGCAGGAAGAAGAUCAACCAAUAAAAGAUAAUGACAACAAUAUUGAAGAGAAGAAUGAUAGCAUCCCAAAAAAUAAUUAUGUUUAA